GGGCUGCGGGGCUGCGGAGGACGAUGCUAGGGGCGCCCGCGCCCGCAUCCCGGGCCGGCCCAGGGCCCGCGGUCGCCUAGCACCGGCUGCGUGCUGGGUGCCACUCGGGCUGUACCGCGCAGCGCAGCAUCACCCCCACGUUCUCUCCUCCCCCUCCUCCUCUCUUUCCAGCUUCCUCCUUCGCCUUUUCCCCUGGUCCCCCAUCCUCCUCAGCAUCACCCACUUUGACCCACCUCCCUGUCCCGUGAAUUGUCACGCGCCCUAGACCUCCUUCCCACUUUUCCAGGUAACCCUCACCUCACCAUCUCCUCCCUGACUACCUGCGUUAACGCAUCUUUCUGACCUCUCUCCUGUUGUACUCUCUCCGGGGCCUGUGUGACACUGGCGGGAGACGGUGAGGAGGGAAGGUUCCUAGAGGGGAGGGUUUGUCUCCGGACAGCUCUCUGCUCUCCUGGUAGAGAGGAUAGCAAGCAGGAGGAUAUAAUCUCCUGUGGUGUGCUGUACCUAGCGGGGCUUUCAGGGGUCUCCUGGCUUCACCUCAGGGUGACCCGGGCUCUUUAUCAUCAGAAAGCCUCCUGAGCUGGUCAUCUGAUCCGGGUUAACUGGGUCAAGUGGAGACUGUCUCCCCAGGCAUUCCUCACAUCAGAAGUUAUCUUUGAUUGGACUUGAAUUUGGCCUUUAUUCCCAAGAGCCGGCUGAUCUUUGAGAUCUGAGGUGCGGGGCUGCAUGAUGCCCCGGCCCUGAUGGGAACCGAUCUGUGAAGAGAGCCAGGAGUGUGUGUGUCUACCUAUUGUCCUGCUGCCACACACUCUACCAAUACCAGAGUUUGUUUGUUCUUUGUCACAAGUCAGCUCUGGGCUUGUGUCCCUCCCUGGGCAUAGAGGCCACCAGCCUCCUGGGGCUCUAAGUGAGUGGCAGGUCCCAGUUCCCUCUCUUAGUGCUGGGUUUGGUCACGUGGAGAGGUUAGGGUCUCUCCUUGAGGACUGUUUACUGCUCUGCCUUAGGGAGGGCUCUUGUCUGCUUGGUCGGGACAAGGACGCGAGGCUGUUCUGAGGAGGGGAAGGGCUGGCGGUGGAGAGCUCUCCUACCCGCCCACCGGGUGUUUUUGUCUCUGCUUUUGACAUGAGCAGGUUGGUGGGAACUCGAGUCAGUUAUUAUCACCUACUCCGUCUUGGGGCAUCCAAGGAAACCUGGCUGAAGAAGGCAGUUUUAGAGUUACAGUUUUCUCAGAGUAUGAACACCAGGUUUGGACAUCAUGAAAACCUUUUCACGGUGACUGACUGCAUUUGCUAAUGGGACAUAAGGCAUCGCCCUCCACCCCACUGCGGUGACUUUUCCUAGUGAGCCCAGUUGGCAGGCCUCACUGUUCAUCAAUGGAGCCCUUGGCAGGAACCGAAGGACAGUGGCAGCCAUGCCUCCCCCUGCCGCGGCCACUCCUUCUGCCUCCUGCUAACCUGCAUGCUGUGGGUGCCCUGGAGACGCCCAGAGGACUGACCAUCUGAGCCAGCUUCCUUAGAGCACCGAGUCCCUCAAGAUGUGGCUGGAGUGGCUGGUGGCCUGGAGCUGGUCUCUGGAUGGCCUGAGGGACUGCAUUGCCACCGGUAUCCAGUCCGUGCGGGACUGCGACGGCACAGCCGUGGUCAGUGUGGCCUGCCUGCUCGUCCUGUUUGUGUGGUACUGCUACCACGUGGGCCGCGAGCAGCCCCGCCCCCACGUGUCCGUCAACUCCCUCCUACAGGGCGUGGAUGUCAACGGGCUGCAGAAUGGAUCCAUGUACUGCCAGUCACCGGAGUGUGCGCGCUGCACGCAUCACGAAGGCCUCAACCAGAAGCUCUACCACAACCUGCAGGAAUACGCCAAGCGGUACUCGUGGUCCGGCAUGGGCCGCAUCCACAAGGGCAUCCGGGAGCAGGGCCGCUACCUCAGCAGCCAGCCCUCCAUCCAGAAGCCCGAGGUCUUCUUCCUACCUGACCUCCCCACUACGCCCUACUUCUCCCGGGACGCCCAGAAGCACGACGUGGAACUGUUGGAGCGGAACUUCCAGGCCAUCCUCUGCGAGUUCGAGACUCUCUACAAAGCCUUCUCUAACUGCAGCCUCCCCCAGGGGUGGAAAGUGAACAGCACCCCUAGCGGGGAGUGGUUCACCUUUGACUUUGUCAGCCAGGGCGUUUGUGUCCCCAGGAACUGCAGGAAGUGCCCACGGACUUACCGCUUGCUCGGCAGCCUCCGGACCUGUAUUGGGAACAAUGUUUUCGGGAACGCCUGCAUCUCAGUGCUGAGUCCUGGGACUGUGAUCACGGAGCAUUAUGGACCCACAAACAUCCGCAUCCGGUGCCACCUAGGUCUGAAGACUCCCAAUGGCUGCGAGCUGGUGGUGGGGGGUGAGCCCCAGUGCUGGGCGGAAGGCCGAUGCCUACUCUUUGAUGACUCCUUCCUGCAUACAGCAUUCCAUGAAGGUUCUGCCGAGGAUGGCCCACGGGUGGUCUUCAUGGUGGACCUCUGGCACCCCAACGUGGCAGCUGCUGAACGUCAGGCCCUGGAUUUCAUCUUUGCUCCGGGACGAUGAAGAUAUUGCCUGGACUGGAGCCAGGCUGAGUGCAUGGGUGGACUGUGGGAUUGCCCACCCUGACCGUGCCCCGAUCUGUGCUGGAAGCGUGAAUGGCUUCCUGCCACUGGUGGGGUGUCUUUCCUUUGGUUACUGGGAACUUCCUAGGUUUCUUUCCCCUUUUGGCUAUUUGCUGGGACUUCUGGCCUACUAGUGUGUCCCUUUGGCUGUGACCAGAGGCUCUGUGCCUCUCCUGUCUGUGUCACUUUGCUACCUGGUGUCCUCUCUGUGUUCUGGAAUAGAGUAACCAAAUGGCUGUUUGUCUAAA